AUGGUAUUUUGGGACAUUGUGGGACAAGCGGACAAUUUGACAAUUUGUGGGCUCAAGGAAGGUGGCUUUGUGGCUGAUGGCAGGUGGGCUUGGGAAAGAUGGCAGGCCCACGUGGGCUGGUGGCAGCUGAGGACUUCGAUGGUGCAGCUAGGAAGGGAGUGCCUUUGGCUGGGCUGGAGCAAGGCCUCGGGUGGCAGGGGUUCAGUUGGUGGACUGGGCCAGGCGUUGGAGUACAGCUGGCCUGAUGGAGUGCCAGGAAGGCUAGCGAGUUUAGUCGUCCUCGUCGAUGAGUUUUCUGAGGCGAUCUUUGACGAAAUCCCGGCGAGCUUUGAGGCGAGCUUGUUCGGCCUCGACAUUGGAGUAGGCAAGGUGAGCUCCCACUCCCACAAACGACACUCCUGCCACGAACAACGCCGCCGUCACUGCUAUCUGCCUCCGCGUUUGCGGCGCUGGUAUACGAUUUCAAAAACACUAGCAGAGCAGGCUGCUUGGAAGUUUUCUAAGGAAAAUGGGAUGGAUUUGGUUACCAUUCAUCCAGGGUUUGUAAUUGGUCCUCUCCUACAACCAAGUAAUAAAACCAGUGCGAAUCUGCUUCUGAAUCAAAUAAAUGGGAUGUUGCUAAUGCACAUAUUCAAGCAUUUGAAGUUGUUUCAGCUGGUGGAAGAUACUGUGUAGCAGGACCUGUUGUACAUAUCUUAGAGUCUUUGAAGAUUAUACAACACCUGUACCCUUCUUUGACCAUUCCUGACAAGUAAGUUAUAAUUUUAAAGCUAUGCAUCACAAAUUCUCAAGCCAAAGUACUGUUUUAUAGAUGUGAAGAUAAUGAGCCUCUCAAGCCAAAGUACCAAGUUUCAAAUUUGAAAGCAAAAAGCUUGGGAAUUAACUUCAUUCCCUUGGAAGUGAGUCUGAGGGACACUGUAGAGAGCUUCAGGGAGAAGGGUCUUUUAAACAUCUAGUAUAGACCACUCACUGGCUAUACAUAGUAGAGUAUUUUGUACUGUACUGUUGUGCUGCUGGUUCUAAAGCCGUGAGCUUGUGUGCGGUCUAAAACUCAUCAAUGUAAGUGAUAUCUGUGCUUUGAUGAGGCAAGUUUUUUCAGGAAUUCAAUCAUUUUUCUUUUCUUCAUAGUAAAAUUCCCACAUUUAAAUUUCUCA